AUGGACUAUGUUAAACAUAUUAAGGAAGACGAUUCUCCAUUAUUUUCGUUGAUGUUUGAUGAAUAUUUCACUCCUACUCAAAUUUCUAAUAUUAUUUCAAGCUCCAUGAGCUCUAUUGGUGUUCAAAACACUUCAGGCCAUAGCCUUCGUAUAAGUGCAGCUACUGAGCUGGCUUCUAAGGGUGUGUCUCAAUCUGUGAUUGAGACUGCUGGUAAUUGGGUGCCUAAUUCAAAAGCUAGAUUGAGAUAUCAACGUAGAAUUGGCCUAGCUACUCAUGGUUUAACUACUUCUAUUAUGAGAACUGAUUAA